AUGCAUAAAUUCAUCAUAGUGGCAACUGAUUACUACCAUGUGCGUGGAGGCUCAAUCCAUGACAAAUCAGCCCAAGAUCAAGUGAUCAAGUUUAUCCAACAUCAAAUCAUUUACAAAUUUGGUAUUCUAGAAACCAUCACAGUUGAUCAAGGAAUAAUGUUUACUAGCGAUAAACUUGUAGCCUUUAUGCAAAACUUUAGGACUAAACUAAUAUGUUCCUCCCUUUAUUACACACAAGACAAUGGGCAAGCUGAGGCAAACCAUAAGAUAGUCAUUGACUUAAUUAAGAAAUACAUUGAGGAUAAGCUGAAGAGGUGGCAUGAAAUCUUACAAGAGGUCCUAUGGUCUGUAAUGGAUUCUAAGACUAUUGUAACAAUUUUCACCCCUUAUUGGCUUACCUAUGGUUAUGAUGCAGUUCUUCCGUUGGACAUUAACGUAGCUUCACUUUGA